GGUCACGAGGUGUUUCUCCUGCGAACUCCUGGUUUUACACAUUCUUUGAUUAUUAUUUCCUGUUUCUGUGCUUCUUUCGUUCUAAUUUUCCGUGCACGUGUAUAUGAAUACAUGUUCUAUUUGGUGCUAUUCUUUAAUGAUAUCGAAGAAUAUGAUCACUUACGCAAGUGUUCAAAACGUUAAUAAACUAUUAUUAUUAGUGUAUUAACAUUUUGAACACUUACGACGUUACGCCCCCUAUUCGUAAGUGAUCAUAUUUUUACUGUAGUUUACCAGUGCAGUGCUUUGCUAUUCUAUUAGUGAUGGCGUCGCAAGAAACUGUGCUCACAUCAAGCGAAGGACUCUCAGCGGAGUCUAUUGACUCUGAGGUCACUGGGGCUGAGCCUCAGUCCCCCUGGCCGUUUCUUGGCAGGUGGGUGCGAUAUAAGAAGAUGAUUGGCGACAGCUACAUCUUCCAAUGCUUGUCCUGCCUUCCCAAGAUCACUCACUUGAAGGUGAACAAGAGCACUAAGGCCAACCUGAAAAGCCACUUCAACAGGAUUCAUCCUGACAUGACAGAACAGAUCAAUGAAGCUUGCAUGGCCAAUGUUGGGACUGGUGGCCGGAGCAGGAAGCGUUACGGUCAGCCAGCCGACGGCGGGUCAACCAGCAAGAAGCAUAGGCUGAUGUCCAUCACCGAGACCUUUGGUAUCAUGACUCAGGGCAACCCCGUCCUGCAGUUCACCGUCGACAAGAAAAUUAUCAGGUUUGUGGUGGACAACAUGCUAUCGCUGCAAAUUGUGGACAGUCAGAGCUUCAGGGACAUGGUCCAUGCUCUCAAUCCUAGCACAGAGAUACCCUCCAGGAAGAUGCUGGGAGGGAAGAUCCUCAAAACGUAUGAGGAAAUGAAGGAGAUCCUCACCAGUAAGUUGGAGCAAGUCAAGUGGGUGGGCACUACAGCUGACUGCUGGUCAGCUAACAAAAAGAGGUACCUGGGUAUGACUGUGCACUGGCUGGACCCAGACACCAGGGACAGGAAGAUAGCUGUCCUGACCUGCAAAAGGAUCAUGGGGAGCCACACCCAGGUCAUGGAAAAUAUCCUCAGUCAAUUUGGGAUAGAGGACAAAGUCACCAUGCAAGUUAUUGAGCUUUUUGUUUCAAAAUCCUUAAGUGUUAUAAGUUUAAUGAAGACAACCACAGAUAAUGCUGCCAAUUUUCAAAAAGUAUUUGUCCAGUUUGACUCUGAUGUGGAUGACCACCAGGGAGAGAAGACUCGUGCUCCUGAGUCUGAGGUCGAGCCUUCCAACGCCCCUGACUUAGAGGAGCUCAUUGCUGACCCUCCAGAGGGCCAAGGCAGCCUAGAGCUAGAGUUCGUCGCAUUUGAUGACAUGGAGAAGAGCAGCGAGGAUGGCAUCAUUAAACUGCCCAGGCAGCACAUGUGUGCGGCGCACAUACUGAACCUGGUCGCCAGCGCCGACAUAGAGGAAAGUCACAUGCCUAGAGCCCUCAAAAAGGCAUACAGGAGCGCCAUGGCUAAGGCCCAGGCGCUAUGGAACAAGGCAAGUACAGUGUUUGCGGACAGUCUGUGCAAGGCGAUAAACAUCCAGCUCAUUGUUCCCACCAACACAAGGUGGUACAGCUUCUAUGACAGCCUGGUGAUCCUCAACAAAGUGCUAGAGGAGAACAAAGACCAGCUUCUCAGAUUCAUGAACCAGCAGUGGAAACUGACAGCGUUUUCCCAGAAAGAUAUUGACUUCUUGUCAGAAUAUGUUAAGGUCAUGGCACCUGUCGCCAGCGCACUGGACCACAUCCAGGAGGAGAAGCAAUGUUACCUGGGCUGCCUAAUCCCUAUCCUCAUUGUGACAAAGAAGAAGCUUGUCAAAUUGAUGGCCACUGGCAACCUCCUUUUCUGCGAGCCUUUGGUCAACAUCCUCCUUGCUGCCAUAGAGAGGAGGUUCGCCGCCUUUUUUGAAGAUGAGGAGUGCCUUCUGGCUACCGCCUUCCACCCCAGAUUUCGCCUCAAAUGGAUGGGGGCUUUUGAUUUUGAAUGUGAUAAAAGAAUGGUCAAGAGGUCAGAGGUCGAGUCCCUGAUGGAGAAGAAGGUGGAGGAGUUCCUACAGCGUACUGACCUGGAAGCCAGAAACAACAGCAACAGCAGCAGCGAGGACAUGGAGACGGAGGACUACUAUGCCAGCAUUUGUGAUGAGGAAGAUGACACUGGUGGUCUUCACAGAUCAACCAAGUCCAAGGCUGCUCAAAUUGUGAAGGUGUGGCUGCAGUCCAGAGGGACAGAGAGUCUGGCAGACCCAGCCUUUAACAAUGAGAAGGUCCUCAUUAACCUUUUCUUGAGGUACAAUACGGCAAUGCCGAGCAGCACCGCGGUAGAGCCCUUGACCUCCUUAAGCGAGGAUGUUAUCGGAGCCAAGAGAAGCUCCCUGUCUGAUGAAAAUUUUAACAUGUUCAUGUUUAUGAAGGGAAACAUGAGCAUGUUGAAGUUUUGAACUUUCGA